GUAAUAAAUGAGCAAAAAAAAUUUAUACAUAGGGUAAUUGACAGAAGUGUAUAUAAAAGUAAAAUUUAUUUAUUAGUAGUAGGUUAAUAUAAAAAAGACUAAUGUGCGCAAUUUUUUACGUUAUAUAAUCUCUCUUCAAAAUUCAAACGUUAUUCAGUCCUUACAUUUUCAGUUAUCUAUCAAGUGUAUGGCAGCCAUUUUCUAAUUCCACCAAGAAUCACACAGCCUUGUUAUACGCAAGCCGUUACUCUUUAACAAAACAGAAAGGCACCAUAUUGUUUCUACAACUACUAUUCAUCUAUUCGUCUACCCACUGACGAGGUCGUUUUUUGUUUUUGUCCAUUCUUUCUGCUUUGCUGGCUUUUUCGAUAGCGACGUUAAUCUUUCAAAGUGAUAAAUAGAGAAUUUGGGGUUAGUGGGGAAAUGAGAAAGAAAUGUGAUGGUAACUGCUGAAAGGGUCCUUCUACUCUCCGCCCUCUUCUUUUGACUUUGCCUUUUCGUCUUCUUUUUCCCAUUCUUUUAGUUUUUGGCAUCCACUAUUUGGUUUGGUUGUUUUUCUCAUCUUAUUCAUCCUCUUAUCAAUGCGAGAUUUUUGCUUUAUUGACGGAGGAUCUAAGUUAAGAUUUUGCUUAAGCCAUUGAUUUUUUUUCUUUUUUUUUUUUUUUUUGUCGUCAACUCAAUUAUGGUUUUAUUACUCCAACUUCUAUUUUUACCGUAGAAAAACAAAUCAAAAGAUUUGAAUUGUGUGGCUUUCCAUUGAUGGCAAAUAGCGUCCCCUGUUUUUCAGAGAACAGAAGGUUCCACUUUCUCUCUCUUUCUCCCCCUUAUCGAUUCCAGUAAUUCUCUUCUAGUAUUAAUUUUUUAAUUUCAGUGCUAUUUGUUAUCUAUCCAUUUUUAAUUCCUCGAUUAGGUUGCUUAAUCUUGGAAUCUAUACCCAAUUAUACCACCCACCUUAAUUAUCUAAGAAUGUUCUUCUAAUCUCUUCUCCCCAGAUAAAAAAAAAAAAAAGUACCAUUUGAUUGAAUUGUUUAACCAACCUCUUUGGAGAUAAAGGGAAGAUAAAGAGAAGUGUACUUUUUAUUCUUCAAAUUUAAUUUCUACAGUAAUGGGUUGUGCAACUUCAAAGCCAAAGGUGUGCCACAAAUGCAGGGCACCCUGUUCACCGGUGCGCCGGAGCUACUCAAUGCAAGACGAUGUUAGCUACCAUAUGGUGGCUCUCACUUCUUCCACUUUAGGAUCUUUAAAGCUUGAUCCACUCAACCAUAGUCAAUCUAUCAAAGACGAUGGAUCAUCUUCGUUUGAGCACGUUGAUUUCGAUGAAGUGAGGAGUUGUAAAGAAGAGUUUGCUAUGGGAUUGAUUGAAGCAAAAACAUGGUCAGAAAUGAUCAACGAGAAAAUCCCCAAAGUUGUCCCGAAAACUCCCAUUAGAACUCCACCUGGUGAGCCAGAAACUAUCAAUACUUGGGAAUUAAUGGAAGGUCUUGAAGAUUGUAGUCCCCUUAAACCAGUUCAUCAUGUUCGUAGCUUUUCAUUCCAUGUAUCUCCAAAUCCAGAUUCUUCGCAAUAUGAUCUGCCUACGCCAAGAGUUAAAGAUGAUAUCGAAGGUUCCCCGAAGCCAUUGUGGGAGGAAGUAGCUGAAGAUGAAACAAACUCAAGUUCAAACGACACAUCUAUCGUGUCCGAGUUUGAUCCUGAAGUGAUUUCCACAUUCAGAAAAGCAUUAGAAGAUCUCCCACCGGAAAAUCCAUUUCACCUUAAACCGUUAACUGACGAAAGCCAUCAGCCGGCUGCUGAUAACGAAGACACAUUGGAGAUAACGGAUGCGAAGAAAGUCACAGAGUACAAGGUCAGUAAAGAUAAGAUUGUUGUUUAUUUCACAAGUUUAAGAGGUGUGAGGAAAACCUACGAGGAUUGUUGUCAUGUUCGAGUGAUUCUAAAGGGCUUAGGUGUUAAGAUCGAUGAAAGAGAUGUAUCGAUGCAUUCGGGGUUCAAAGAGGAGCUGAAAGAAUUACUGGGAAAUGAAUAUAGUGGAGGGGGAUUGCCUAGGAUAUUUUUAGGCAAAAAAUACAUUGGUGGAGCUGAUGAAAUACGACGAAUGAACGAGGAUGGAAAGCUCGAGAAGUUUGUCGAAAACUGUGAGAAAGUGGAGGAUGGUGUUGUACUUGGAAGUUGUAAUUGUGAGGCCUGUGGAGAUAUUAGAUUCGUACCAUGUGAGACAUGUUCAGGGAGCUGUAAAAUUUAUUAUGAAGCAGAUUAUGAAGAAGAACAAGAAGAAAUUGAAGACGAUGAAUAUGGGUUCCAACGAUGUCCAGAUUGUAAUGAAAACGGGCUUAUUCGAUGUCCAAUUUGUUGUGAUUAAGGUUGAUCACAAAAUUUUCUUGGUCUUUUUUUUUUUCUUUUAUACCUAGUUUUGUUUGGAUUAAUUUUUUCUUUUUGGAUGAUGUUUGUUGUACAGUGAGGAGUUUUGAUUGAUUUUACUAUAUAGUCAUAACCAAACUUAUAAACCUGUUCCAAGCUCUGGAGUUGUGGUGUAAUAGUCUUCUGUAAUACAUUUUCCAGGUAAAACAAGAGCCUAUAAGUACAAUUUUGAAUUUUUCC